UCUUCAGACAUGGUAUUACAUGCAUAUGUGCGUAAAAGAAAUAGUCAUGACGAGUAGUGAGGAAGUAGACACUUCGUUAUCAGGUAGCAAUGAUACAGGAUCAUCAUCAGUUGCCUACGGCGGCAAAUACAUGCUCGUCAAAAAAUUUCCGAAGAGAGCGCCAGACUGGAGAUUAGAACAUCUCGCAGAAAUCUGCAUUUUCUAUGAUGAAGAGGCCACCGAACUUAAAAAAUUUAUGACCAAACUUAGAAAACUGAAAUGUGUUGUUCGGAGUGGACUGUCAGAAAUGCCAAAAAUUAGUCAUGCCUUCAUAAAAAACACCAAGGAGGUGUGGAAUUUUUCUUAUGUGUUUCAAAAAGAAACGGGGGAAGAGAAAUGGGAUGUUAGGGAUGAAAUUGAGAGAGCGACACGUGAAUUUGAAGAGAAAGAAAAUGACAUCAUGGAAGAUAUAAAGUCAAAUGGAAGCAAUAAUUGGAAAAGGUUAUUUUUUGGAUGGAAGAUCAAUCUUUUUGAGUUCUGGAGACAGUUUUCAAUGGUUCUGGAAAGACUCGGAGGAGCAACAGAAAAAAGGUUUAAACACCUUUUUAUGGCUUUUUCCAGAAUAUUUUUCCUUUCACCAGAGCCAGGUGAGGCUUUUAUAGAAAACAUGAUCAUCAAAGAUACUGUCGUCCGUGGCAGUCCAGAAGUUCGUUUUAAAACUUUUCAAGACAAGAUUUUAAAGGUGUUUAUUGUCACAGAGGUUGAGCCAUAUGAUGCUUUUGAAGGAAGCUACAAAACAGAGACUUUCACAUAUAAAAAUAUGGCCAAAAAAAUUCUAGGUCAACAUGGAAUUGAGCUACUCAUGGAGAGGAAGGGAUCUUUCUUCUUUCCUUAUGUUGUGGGGUUUCUGUGUAUUGGAACACAUGUCAUUUUGACAUACCUGUACAUUGAUGAAGCUCACUUUCAUCAGAUAGUGGAGAAAGGAAGGGUAAAUAAAUCAUGCAAAGCCACUAUAUCUUACACCAGACCAUAUGAUUUCAUGGACACUAAUGAUAGAGAGGAAAUCCUAGAGUCUUUCUUCUGGUUUGGAUUUGUUCAGUCAAAUGCUUACCAGUUUAAAUGGAAAUAGAUGUAAAGGCCAUUUGAAAUAAUAUAAACUUUGUUUGCCCUCUCCCAACCAAGGGUAAAAAAAAUUGGGUCGGUAGGUACGUGGGAAAAUUUUUUCCCUAGAAAAUUUCAAAAUCAAUGCUUAAUUUUUAAAUAUACAUGUAUUAAAUUAAAUUUUUUUUAAAAAAAAUAUCGUUUCCUGGAGAUUAAAAAAAAGUAUAUAUAUAUAUUUAAAAAAAAAUGUUGUUUAUUAAUAAAAAAUAUUUAAACUAUCACCCUGAAAAUUUAUAGUAGAAAUGUGAGAAAGCAAACCAAAUCACAAGUAUUGCCAUUCCAUGUUCAUGCAGUGAUGUGUGCAGAGCAAACAAUUGAAAUGUAAACAUUAACAAUAACAGACCUGAUGUCUAUGUUUACAAACACAGGUGUUUGACGUGAUGUUAUGAAGAACAUUUUUGUCAUUGAAUUCUCUAAGAAUUUUCUUGUUAAGUUCAAUUCAUUAAAUUGAGGUUAUUUUUUGAAUAAGAACAGAAAUUCAUAAUUUGAAAAAAAGGUAAUGCAACUGUGUCCAUGCAUGCAGGCUCCUUUAAUGUGUUCAAAUCAAAUUUAUGCUCUUUUUUUUUUUUUUUUUUUUGUAAAUGGGAAUAAGUGAUUAACAGCAAGUAAUGUCUGACUUAUGUUACAA